GCUGGACAGUGAUCCUCACUGAGAGGAUGCUGUCGAUCAGGCUUGCAAAUGUUUUCUUCUCCGGUUUGGCAAACAUGCCGAUGUGCACAGUUGAACUGCCUCUGUUUCCCGAGAGCCAGAUGGACAUGGUAAUGUGAGCAGCGGCUGCAAACGUGCAUGGGAAAGCAGUCAUCAAUGCAGAACUCCUCGGCGUUAUUCGGGAUGGUGAGCCACUGUCAGAGCCCAGCUUUCGCUGACUUCCCCAGCUUGACACUGUCCGUGUACGGCGGAAAGGCGGACAUCUGUGCGCGCCGCCCCGGGAGCGCAGGAUUCGGAUCUCAGACAUGCCGCGGCUCCCACGACACCCUCACGCACAUGAACUGCGCGAGCCCCAAGCGACUGUCCGAGGAGAAGGCGCAUCUGUCAGGCAAAAAUCCGCGGCUGUGCUUCUCUGUUCCUCUGGUUCAAGAAAAUGGCAUCUACUGCUCAGAGAAAGAGUCAAAUGUUGACCGUGGAGAUGCUGAGGGUUCCCUGAUGCGAUGUGGGCAGAGCCUGCCACCGUCAGCAGGGGGUCACACCGAGGGGGUUUACCCUCAGAGCCUUCAGUGCAGCAGACCCUCAGCUGACCUCCUUCUGCAGCACGACUCUCACCAAGACAGGAGAUCCUCCUCUGCCUUGCAGAGGACCCUGCCGGGGGCCUCACCCAGGCUGAGCUGCAGUGCCAACGGGGCUCACUCCGCUAUCCCUUACCCGAUCAAACAAGAAAACUCAAUGGGCUACAAGCUCUCCAGCACGGUGUCCGGAGCCCAGAGCUCAUCUCCAGCCAGGUUUCAGGCCUGUAGGGCAAGCCAAGCUUUGGAGGUGCCAAGGGAUGAGAUAGCCGCUUUGCACGUUAGCAACAACAGCAAUGGCGUAUGUGCAGUGAGCGGCGUUGGUAGCACCGUGUCAGGGGACGCAGUGCAACCGUUUAAUAAUGAAGAUGGCUCCUCCCCACUGGCUUUGUCUCCAACUGACUCCCGUCAUUCAGCGCGGUUACUCGGUGCUAGUAGUCUGAAGAGACGCUGCCUGUCCUUGGCUUCACAGUCCACCGCCGCCGCUGGCACCGGCAGCGUCGCCGCCACGGGCUCUCCAUCGACUACUGGCGCCGCUUCUGAGGAAAUCAAUAUCACUGCAAUCAUCUGCUCCUCCUCCCAGAUGUCAAUGGUUGCCUGCGUCAACGGGUUCCACGCUAACCUCUCACCCAGCCACACCAGCAGUGCCGGCUUCUCCUCCUCUUCCUCCUCCUCUUCUACGUCCCCACCCUCUAACUCCUGCUCCCGGGAAGCCCCCCAGAGGCCCCCACCUCACAGCAGCCCCCAGCAGGCCACCCUACAGGAGAGCUGUCAGCUGUCUUCACCUGCCACCUGCCUGCUGUCCCUUUCCUCCUCCUCUUCGUCCUCUUCGUCGGUGUCAUUAGUGGAUCCGGAGCAGGGCCACGGGCAGAGCCUGGGGCUGUGCGAGGAGCCGGGCUCCAUGCUGCGGGGGCGUGGGGCUGGAGGAGCGGCCAGGGGAGAGGUGGGAGGAGGAGGCGGCUCGGACGGGUUGGCGCUACUGAUGAGCGGGGCCCUGAUGUCUGGAAACCUGCAUCCGGGCCCUGAAGCCGGGGUCCACCUGGAUGGAGGCCAGAGGUCUGUGUCUUCCCUUAAGCAGGAGCCCCUCGACGACUUCUCUCCCAGCGAGGACGAACUCUUUCAGCACAGCUAUCAUCACCAUCACAUGAGUGGUCGAGGUGGGCACCUUCGUCACGCUCACCACCCGCCCAGACCCGCUAUGCCUCCGCCUUACCACUUGCACCAGUACGUGGGGCCCAGUCCCGGGGGCCUGAUACACCACCAGCACCAGCAAGCUGCUCCCGCCUCCUCACUGGGACUCAAACCAAACCCGGGAGGCCCUCCGGGGCCCCACACGGCCGCAGAGCGGGAAGAAGUUGGAGGAGGAGCACUGGCAGACAAGCAGGUGUGUCGCUGGAUUGACUGCAGUGCUGCUUAUGAGCAGCAGGAGGAACUUGUGAGACAUAUUGAGAAAGUUCACAUCGACCAGCGCAAAGGUGAAGACUUCACUUGUUUCUGGGCUGGUUGCAUUCGCCGCUACAAGCCAUUCAACGCUCGCUACAAGCUGCUCAUCCACAUGAGGGUCCACUCUGGAGAAAAACCCAACAAGUGUAUGUUCGAGGGCUGCAACAAAGCGUUUUCUCGUCUGGAGAACCUGAAGAUUCACCUGAGGAGCCACACUGGAGAGAAGCCGUACCUGUGCCAGCACCCCGGCUGCCAGAAAGCUUUCAGCAACUCCAGCGAUCGAGCCAAGCACCAGCGCACUCACCUGGACACGAAACCAUAUGCAUGUCAGAUCUCCGGCUGCACUAAGCGUUACACGGAUCCCAGUUCCUUACGUAAACAUGUCAAAAUCCACUCGGCGAAAGAGCAACAGGUGCGCCGAAAGCUCCGGCCUUGCCCUCACUUGGAGCAGGACGUCCUGAGUGACUGCCUGUCCAUGCAGCACCUUCAGAGCUCCUCCUCGCAGCACCUCUACAAUGGCAAAGAUGGACGCUCUCCCGCCCUCGGCCAGGACAUCUUCACACAAGGCCUGUACGUUGGCUCCAGUACCCCCCAUCACGGCGCCCCAGUGGAGCUGCUCUCCCCCGCCCCCAACCCUGCCUCCGCCACUGACCUGCCCUCCCGACAGCACCGCCUGGAUCGGGACCUCAGCAGCCCCCAUCACCUGUCCCCACUGACAGGCAUGGAUGGCACACGGGACGGAGUGUCUGGUCCCCUCCUGUCUCCUGUGAUGAAGGGACCGGGGUCGCCUCCACCUCCUCCUCCUCCUCCUGCUGCCCUGGAGAAGCAUCCUCACAACAAGCCCUACGCUCACUAUCACCACCAUCAGUCUUCCACUGACGAAUAUCAAGGAAGCUUUCAGAGCUGCUUCCAUUUUGGAGACUCCUACAGGAUGGAGCAGACGGUCGGUGGUGUCCACGUCCCGGCAGAUUCUCACACCUACACUUCCCAUCAGCACAGUGGCUUCCACAUGUCCGCCAGCAAUGCCGGCUCUGCAGUCCCAGGUUUCAGCUUGGCCCACGAGCUGCAGGGAGGAGCCGGGUGCCAGUUCUCCUCCAGCCCCGAAGAGAGCAUCUUCUUCCAGGUGGGCAGCUUUGACCGCAACUUGAGCCACUUGUCGUCUGUCUACACAGAGACUUAGAGCAGGACUGGAGCUGGACAUGCCUCAUCGCACCGCCUCUGCUGCAGGCCACCUCCUU